AAAAGUUGAAAUAGGAAAAAGAGCACAGUACCCGCCUCCUGCCUCUCUUCUUAUCUGUAAGAAAACCCCUGUUAGUGUUUCCUAAAACCCUGAGCUACAAUGAACACUCCCACACUAGAAACUCGUCAUUUCAUAAAUGAUUUCGGCCAAACUACAUUCUUACGCAACUACAAGCCAAGCAAUAAGAAACAUAGUCCCCCUCCCUUUGUUGGUUUCACUCGCAAGAAAUACUACUGGAGGUGUGCAGGCAGUAAGUCACCACGACAACCUAGGCCAAAGAAAUCAGAGCCUGAUGAUAGUAAAGGGGUUGACCCAGUUGGUUUCCUUGCUAAAUUUAACAUUUCAGACAAACCCUUUGCUCAAUUCCUCCGAGAAAGGCAUAAGUUGUUGAAGGAUUUAAAAGAUGAAAUUCUCAAACGCCACAUGAAUUUAAGUGAGAUGGUUACUGGAUAUCAGAUAUUGGGAAUGCACCGGAAUGUUCAUCAUCGGGUGGAUUUUAUGGAAUGGGCUCCAGGUGCUCGGUACUGUGCCAUUGUCGGUGAUUUUAAUGAGUGGUCGCCAACAGAGAAUUCUGCAAGAGAGGGUCAUUUUGGGCAUGAUGAUUAUGGAUAUUGGUUUAUCAUUCUUGAAGAUAAAUUAAGGGAAGGAGAAGAACCUGAUGAAGUGUACUUUCAACAGUACAACUAUAUAGAUGACUAUGAUAAAGGUGACAGUGGAGUUACUGUUGAAGAAUUAUUCAAGAAAGCAAAUGAUGAAUAUUGGGAACCUGGAGAGGAUCGAUUUGUAAAUUCACGUUAUGAAGUGGCAUCUAAGCUAUAUGAGCAAAUAUUUGGGCCAAAUGGGCCACAAACAGAAGAAGAAAUGAAGGAAUUGGAAGACAUACCUGAUGCUCAAACAAGAUAUAAUACGUGGAAAGAGGAGCACAAAGAUGAUCUACCAAGUGAUUUACCAUCAUAUGAUGUGAUAGACAGUGGAAAAGAAUAUGACAUUUUUAAUAUUGUGGAUGAUCCUGUUUCGCGAGAAAAGUUUCGUAAUAAAAAGCCCCCUCUUCCAUACUGGUUAGAGUCUCGCAAAGGAAGAAAGGCAUGGUUGAAGAAGUAUAUACCUGGUAUUCCUCAUGGCAGCAAAUACAGAGUGUAUUUUAACACCCCUAGUGGACCUAUUGAAAGGGUUCCUGCUUGGGCUACUUACGUGCUUCCAGAUGCAGAUGGAAACCAAGCGUAUGCAGUCCACUGGGAACCGUCUCCUGAGUGUGCAUAUAGUUGGAAACACGAACAUCCCAAAGCACCAAAAGCUUUGCGUAUCUACGAGUGUCAUGUCGGAAUUAGUGGGCAGGAGCCAAAAGUUGCCUCUUUCAAUGAUUUUAUUGAGGAUGUCCUCCCCCACAUUAAAGAAGCUGGAUACAAUGCAAUUCAGUUGUUUGGAGUUGUUGAGCACAAAGAUUAUUUUACUCUUGGAUACAGGGUGACAAAUUUAUAUGCUGUUAGCAGCCGCUAUGGCACACCUGACGACUUCAAGCAUUUGGUGGAUGAAGCACAUGGUCUUGGACUGCUUGUAUUUCUAGACAUUGUUCAUUCGUACUCCGCUGCUGACGAGAUGGUUGGAUUGUCCCUGUUUGAUGGUUCAAAUGACUGCUACUUUCAUACUGGUAAACGAGGCUAUCACAAAUACUGGGGAACGAGAAUGUUUAAAUAUGGAGACCUCGAAGUGCUUCAUUUUCUACUCUCAAAUCUUAAUUGGUGGGUAGAGGAAUACCAUAUAGAUGGAUUUCAUUUUCACUCCCUGCCCUCAAUGAUGUACAGUCACAAUGGUUUUGCUUCGUUUACUGGUGAUAUGGAGGAGUACUAUAAUCAAUAUGUUGACAAGGAUGCCUUGCUAUACUUGAUAUUGGCAAAUGAGAUACUGCAUGUUCUUCAUCCCAAUAUAAUAACAAUUGCGGAAGAUGCAACAAACUAUCCAGGACUAUGUGAGCCAACUUCUCAAGGUGGUUUGGGAUUCGAUUACUUUGUCAAUAUUUCAGCAUCAGAGAUGUGGUUAUGGUUUCUCGAGAAUGUUCCUGACCAUGAAUGGAGCAUGAGUAAGAUUGUAAAUACUUUAAUGGUAAACAAACAAACUGCGAGUAAGAUGCUUCAAUAUGCUGAGAAUCACAACCAGUCCAUAUCAGGAGGGCAAUCAUUUGCAGAAAUUUUGUUUGGUCAAAGUAUGCAGCAGCCAUCUGUAUCAAAGGACUUGCUGAUAAGGGGUUGUUCGUUGCAUAAGAUGAUCAGGUUAAUAACGUGUACGUGUGCUGGUCGUGCUUACCUUAACUUUAUGGGUAAUGAAUUCGGGCACCCUGGUAGGGUAGAGUUUCCGGUGGCAAGUAACACGUUUUCAUUUUCAUUUGCUAAUCGCCACUGGGAUCUGUUGACAAAUGGAGUUCAUCAUCAAUUAUUUUUAUUUGAUAAGGACAUGAUGAAAUUGGAUGAAAAUGAGAGAGUACUUGUAAGAGGUGUCUCUAAUAUCCACCAUGUCGACGACAAUACUAAGGUCAUUUCUUACCUGAGAGGCCCGCUUCUUUUCAUAUUCAACUUCCAUCCAUCAAAUUCAUAUGAAAAAUACAGUGUAGGCGUGGAAGAAGCCGGAGAGUAUCAAGUUAUUCUGAACACGGAUGAAAAGUUGUAUGGUGGGGAAGGACUGAUUGGGCAUGACAAAUAUCUUCAGAAAACUACUAGUAGAAGACUUGACGGGUUAAGAAACUGCCUGGAAGUAUCACUGCCACGAAGAACUGCUCAGGUGUACAAGUUAACAAGAAUAUUGAGAAAAUGAAGGAGUUAUUUGUGGUUUUAUAUUCGGGGAGGGUGCUUACAGCCGAUCUAGUUAAUUUUGAUAACUUAUGUUUUUGUCUUUUUCCCAGAACUUGGCUUCGUGCCUGCCAUGUUAAUAGAAUUAUCUGGGUGUAAGGUAGUACUACCUCCAUCCCAAAUUAGAUGAGCUAGUUGACUUUGGGCACGUAACUUUAGGUGCAUUGACCGUGUACUUCUGAAAUAUAUUUUUUUGUUUUUUCUUUUGUAAAUAAAAAUUUCAUAUUUUAUUUUUUAUUUGCAAAAAUAAAAUUUUAAAAAUAAGUCAUGUAGCUAUGCGGUCAAUGAAUCUUAAAUUGUGUGCCCAAAGUCAACGAAGUCAUCUAAUUUGGGAUGGAGGGAGUAUUAUGCAAGUGCAUUGUCAAAUUAGUGUAAUGAGUGUGUUUAUUUUUAUUUUUGACAGAUUAAUGGGCUGUAUCUGACCUUCAUUUUAAUACUCCUUAUGGUUUAAGAAUCAUUAUUGAAUUUCAAAAGAUUAUAUUUGUUAUGUACAAAUAUUAUGUGGA